UGUGUGUAGAAUAGUAAAUUUAAUUUAAAAUUUAAAGCUGGAUGUGGAAAUGCAAUCCAUAAUAUGUAUAUAGCCAGCGAUCGGUGAGAAUAUGAGUGCGGCAAUGAGUAAUCGAUAAUCGCGAGUGCGAAACUUGAGUAGCAGCACGAACAACAACAACUGCAGCAGCAGGAACACCUAAUCCGCCCCGCCCCGCCCACACACACACACACACAGUAGCAGCGAUGGAGGCGUUGGAAGUGGAGGACACCAGCGAUGACAGCCUUCCCAUGGGAUUCCCAGAAGUGGGCACCUGGAACAGCACCCACAAUGUCUCCCUGAACGACAUGAAUCUGGAUGCGCGCAUGAUAUGGUUGCUCGCGUCGCUGCUAACUACGAUUACCUGGGUGACGUAUAUCACAUUCUACAAUUCCCGUGUGAUUGGGAUGCUGAUCACAAAAAUCGCCAACCGAUGGUUCAUCAAAGGCGCGUACUUUAAGAUUGGUUCGGUGGCCCUAAAUCCGCUGGCUGGGAAGAUAAUGUUUAGAGAUUUCGUGUAUAUCACUUACGACUACACUGUGCGGGCACAGGACGGAUACUUCAUAUUCCGAUGGUGGCGCUCUUAUGUGCCCAAGGAUGUCUCAGAGGAUCUUUCGCACUCGGACACGCGACUCUCUGUGCAACUAAAUGGCUACGAGCUGCACAUAUACAACAGAUCCGAUUUGUACGACACGCUGGAGAAAACCUUCGGAUUGGAGCCCUCGCUACUCAUACCAACGGAUGUGGUGAGCAAUGAGGAGAGAAACAAGCUGAAGGAACACCACAUGAACCUGGAAAAUGCGCGGCAAAGCCAGAGGAUUCAAAAUGUGAAAAACUCGGAAGCUAUGCAGGCCACCACUUGGCGGGAUUUAAUCCCAGUGAUAAAAAUCGACGUUUGCUCUGGGCGUUUUGUCUUUGGUAAUCGACUGACACCGACUACUCUCUCGAUUUCUGUGGAGGAGGCCCACUGCACCUACAGUACCAAGCCUGCUGUCUGUAGAUUGGAUCACUUUAUGCACUUUGUGAAGGCCAAAGUCGAGAAUGCCAAAGUGCUCUUUUGUCCGAGUCCCAAAUACACUGGUUUAAUUGAUGAACCACCUCGAUAUAUGGGCGAAGGAUUUGUGGUGAUGAUGUCCAACCAAAUGGAUUUGUAUUUUUACAUGGAUGAACCAGGCGUUGUGCCAGAGCAGCCAGUACAGAUUGUCCUGCCCAACGGCGAUGUGGUGGAGCCUUCUCCUCCAGUUUGGGGCAUCAAUGCAAGGUGCCUCAAAGGCACGGAUUUUAGCUACGGACCCUGGGCAGAUCGGCAAAGAGAUCACCUGUACAGGUACUUUUACCCUUCGGAUUGGAAGGAGGCGGAAGUUACUCCCACUCCUCAGCCCGGAGAACUGCGCAGCUAUCAAUCCUUUGAUGUGACCUUAUGCGUGCUUAAUGAAGCCACCAUAGACAUCCUGUUUUCCAAAGAAAAAGAGACAAACGCAAUGCAUAUAACUGUGGGACCUGCUUCAUAUGUAGAGGUUACAAUUCCCUGGGUUACUCAUCCCGAUGGUUAUACUUCCAAGAUCCAGGGACAGCUCUUCCACGUGGAGGCGACCACUUCCCUACAGUAUCGCAGUCUGGCAGAGUUUGAAUCCCUUGAGUACAAAGUGCGAAUCCACUAUCCCACCAAGUGGAAUGCACCACAGGACUGGAGUAUCUCACUUUCCGGCUGCAAGACGAGUGCUUUCAUUGUGUACAAGCACAAGUGCUUCUUCCAGGACCUCAUCGAAGAUUGGGCCAAUAAAGCCAGGCCGGAUAUACUCAGUUUUGUUCCAUAUACCUGCAACUUUAGCAUCCGGCUGCACGAGUUUGAGAUACUAAUGCUGUGCAACGAGUACAACUGGAUCGAUUGCAGUAGUGCCAACCAAGAGAACAAUCAUUUGGCCUUCUGUGGAGAUGUCUUUGAGAUGAGUUUCGCCCUGCCUUUUGAUGAUUUCCUACCGAAGACGGUUACCCUAAAGUUCUGGAUCCACGGUGAGGGCUUGGACUUGAGCCUGUACGUACCGGAAGUUUCCUCGGUGCGUCCUAUUGUUUUAGCCAUAGAUGAGAACGCAAGACUGCUGACCAGGGAGGGCAAGUUAAUCCGACGCCCGGAGUUGUACUCGAAGAAGUGGCGCAAGAUUUGCCAGCGCUCUGCCGGUUGGAUCGACUGCUGGGCAGUUCCUAUUUUGGCGCUGUCCAUACAGUAUGUUUAUCAUCCGGUUCCUCCGUUAGGGCCAGAUCCUCAAGCGGAUAUCACAACGCCGGAGAAGGAGGAAAUCCUACUGAGUCCUAUGCGGAUACCAAAAGUGAGGAAAUCACCCGUGAGCACCUGGCAGCAACCACCCGAGCAGUAUAGUAAGUUUGAUCCCGGAACAUUGGCAGCGGAUCAUGUUACUGUGGAACUGGAAAUUGGUAGUUCCGUUCUUAUGGCCUAUGGAAAUGUGCUCCGCAACUUUAUCAAUCUCAAGGAGAAUAUUUUCGGCGAGGAUCAGAACUUUACCGAUAUGGAACAGUCGAAUGUAAAUAUGAAGGAGCCCGGAGCUGCACCGCUUAAUCCCAAAGAUCAACUGUUGGCCAAAGAAAAAGAACUGGCCAACAAAUCCAUUUCGGAGACUCAAGCGCCCGAGGAGAAGCGCAAACCCUUUGAUCCCCGUCUGUAUCGCCCACUGGAGGUGAUGGUAUCUGUGAUUGUUCAUGACAUUCAGGCGCAUGUGAUGAAAAACUGCAAUGAAGACGAUCCGCCGUGUCCGGUGGUGCUGAUUGAGAGAUUUGGCUUCGAGAUGAACAAGAAAUAUCAUGAAACCACUUUGCAGGUGCUAGUGAGUCCAUCGUAUUUACUGACCUCGGAUUGCCUGCAGCGUUCGCAGCGAGAGAAGCACAUCAAUCAGGGUCACCUGAUGCUCUCAGCAGUCCAGGUGAGAGGUCAUGCCAUGUUCAGCAAUGAAGGCUGUGCUCUGGACGAGGAUACGUUGGAGUUUAGCUGGCUAGUGGAAGUUCAGCUGGGCAAACUUACUGGAAAACUAACCCUGCCACAACUAGUGAAUGUGGUCACCGGCUUGGAGACACUUAUCCUCCUGGCCAUUGACCCUGAAAACUGUCUGAAGUCACCUAAAACAGUAAGAAACUGCCAUCACGGAGUGCCCAGCAAUUUAUGUCCCCAAACCAAGGAGGAGAAGAAGUACAAGUGCCCCACCUCCGAGGACAUAAAAUACAAAAUGACGAGAGUUUCGGUGGAUGCAGUGGAUGUCUACCUGAUAGAGAGUGGGACUGCUUUGCACGCUUGGAUCUCGCCCAUCCGUUUGGCCAAUUGCAAUCUUCACGGCAAGCGGGUUAAGUCGGGUAUCUCUGGCUUGCUGCCCUCUAUUCUGCUACGCUUAUUUAUGCUGCACACCACGAAUUCAUCUUUCAACACCAAUACCACGGGCAGCAAUCGAUCAGGUAAACUAAGGCGUGCGGACCAAGAUUCUUUGAAAUCUCAAGAUGCUGGAGGAUCACACUAUGGCACCCAUGGAAAGGCAGGGAAGCGCAGCUCGAACUCCUUUUCACGACGAGAUUCUAGAGAGGAGGCGACACGAAAACUUAGAGAUAGCUUUUCGGAGACACAUGCUAAGCGAACACCGGAGACAUCAGAGCUUUGCGAAAAUUGGGUCGAGGUUGGCUGCACUUCGCUGGGACCCAUUUUGCUGGAAGGAGCUUCCGCCCUGCCCAUUCCAGAUCACGAACUGCAUCUCGUGCAGCACAAUUUUCUACGUGAGCACGAUGCCAAAUUCAAGCGGCUUUGGUUUCUUUGGUCCCAUAAUGGAAGUGCCCUGUCUUCCGGCAGUGAGAUCUCUCGUUGUGGUUGCAUCGGUGGAUGUGUCUUCUUUGGAAGCAAUAGAAAUGGUCAGAAAUUCUUCAAACCGACGGCACAGGAUGUACAUGACAACUAUAACAUUGCGCGAUACUUCAUUAUCAACAACAACAGGGACUUCGGUUUCGGCGAGAGCAUUCUCCACCAGGGACAACUAGUCUUCCACACCCCGCCCUACAGUCUCCAUUGCGUUUCGUUGUACGACACAGCGGACUUUAAUGGCAAAGGCCGUCUGUACAGGCCGACCGGAGAUCAGCGCAACGGAAGUCUCAAAAAGACGGAUCUUUGCUCUUUGCCCGAUGGGACAAAGUUUAAGAUCGGUGCGUGCGGAACGGCCGGCGUUGAGAAACCGGAGCCCAAUUGUCGUAACAAAUCCCGAGAGAGCAUCGGAUCGCCAAAUACUUUGGAACGGAGGAGCAAACGGUACCCUUGCACAAGGCAGACUUCCGUCGAGGUACCCUACGCUCGCCUACUGGAUAGUCCCUCCAAGAAGCUUCAGCUGCAGCAUGAAGCGUCUGCCGGCGAAAUAGGAAUCGGUCAUCGCCGAGGAUCGGAUUCCAACAGAUUGCGGGUGUCACCACCCAAGACGAGCAUAUCCGACUCCAGGCUAACUGGCGAAGUCCAGGAUGUUGAGCAUGAGAUACCAGACGAAAUGUCACACUCGGCACCUCAUUCACAUCCCCUGGAGUUCGAGAUUGCAGAUAUUGUUCAGGCAUUCGGAGGAGAUAACCUCCCUCGCGAGGUGCAGCGCACCAUUUCGCUGACAUCGGAGAAUCCCUCGGAGAUGUUCUUCUCCGCCGAAGAGGACAUAUCGAAUGUGAUGUCACAGCGAGGGUCCAUGAAGCAGCGAAAUAGUGCAAACAGUGGGUCAGUGGUGCUGUCUGGAAAGAAACGGUUCUUAUCGGAUCUAAGCAUUGGCGCCCAAAACGACAAUGGAAGCCAUACAUUGCCUACUUAUCGCAGCGAUCUGGAGAUCCAUGCUCCCGAUGGCAACAAAACUCUUCCAAAACGCCCGCAGAGCACCACAGAACUGAACGAAGACGCUAGACGCAUUCACGGUCUUGCCACACCAAUAAGAAAAAUAACAAAUAUCUCAUCACGACCUGAGUACCGACAUUUUGUUCAUGAUGCUGAUUCCCGUGGCUCAUCAUCUGGCACUCCGUCACUGUCUUCCAACUCCUUCAUAUCGGCCAUGUCGUCGCAGGAGGAUGUGGCUCUAGUUAAUCUGCACCAGCAGGUCAACAGACCAAUCAUCGAUUCGCCUUUGCUGAUGGCCAGCUACCUAAACCACCUGUCGCAGGUGAAGUGCUUUAACUGGAAUGGAUGCUCCUUUCCCCUGGGUCCAGAUGUUUUCUCAACGCCCCUCUUCUCAGAAAACGAGGAUGGUGGAUUGACAUAUAUUGGCAGUAAGAUGCUUCCCCACUUUGAUCUAUAUUCGUGUUGGCGGGAGAUUAAAGUGGUUCCUCGAUACGAGAACGCCACUGGCAGCAACAGCUCGGCCACAUUUAUGGGUGGACCUAAGUCGCAUCCCUGGGAUCCCAGUGUGCUGCUCAAGGAGGAGGAAUCGGACAAGACCACCAAUGGUUUUGAUGAUGGGGAGUUUAUGAGCCUGCAGGCGGAAGGUGGAGCAGCCUGCACAUCGGUGGUGGCCAGGCUUAAAGGCCAGCUGAAUGUCUUCCUUACCCCGCUUUUACUGGAGGGAUUGCAACGAAUGGUGGAGGCCGCCGUACCAACAAUCCAAUCGAUGCAUCUGCUCUCGGUGGUGAACUUCAUCCACACCUCUUGCAUUGCCAAAGUGAAUAACGACAACAUUCUGAAGCGGGAUCAGAGUCUUAGCUACUGGUCGCAGGUGCACUCUAACUCCAAGCGAUCCACAACGGAAAGGCACCUUCAGGGACCCGGGGAUUCGUUCCUCAGCGAUGUCUACGAGGAGAGUAUCUCGACUAAAACCCAGGGAUUGAUUGUGCUGCCCAGGGUCAGCAUUACCAUGCUGCAGUCAUCUAUUGUAGAGGAGGUCAUCUCAGUGGCUGCGUUGGAUAAUGUGCAAGAUCUGAGCUGCGUCUCUCUGCUCACCUUUUACAUGGAGGGCAUCUCCACAAAGUUUCACCUGGGCAAGACGACGCGGGCCUCAAUGCACAACGUUUAUAUCCAGCAAACGGUCCAGUCGGGCAGCAGUAACAAAAAGGGUGGCAUCAUGAAGGGCACUCGUGCCCUCUUGGCUCAUCUCUCAUCGCAGACACGACCCGACAAUGUCCAAGGAGAGCCCAUUCUUAUCGAGACAUCAGAAAAGCAGUUGGAGGAGCUAGUGAUCACACUGGAUAUUGGGAGAGCGCAUGCUCAGCUGCGACGUCUGAAGACCGAGGGCCAAUCCUGCGCCCAGGACUCGCCCAUCAUUGUCACUGCCAUUCCAGAACACAAGAGCAAAGUGCUAUUUGAGUGCCUGAAAAUGCCGGAGAGCACGGGCAUCGAAAGCAUUGGCUAUAUUAUGUUCGAGUGUGGCUUGGAGGGCGUGGGCGUGAAGAUAGUGAAGCGUUCGCACUUCGAAAAGUCCGAGAACAGCAAGGAAGAGUUGGCCGAAAUGGCGGGAGCUGGUGCAGCGGGUGUAACAUCCACCGGAGGCUUCAAUCUCAAUGAUCUGGUGGGGCAAGGCGACGGGGCAACUGCUUCCGGAGAUGGCGGAGCCACUUCAAAGGCUGAGGCUGCCUGGAGAUUGAUAACCAAGAAGCCCCCCACUCCCAAAACUCCCAAGGAGAAGUUCCAACCUGCUUCAGACAGUAAUAUUGCAGCAGAUAGCUCCUCUGCAGCUGAACAAAGAAAAUCGACACCCAAACCCCCUGAUGAAGAUGUGGAAAAGGGAACUAGUACAGCACACAUUCCGUCAGGAGCUCAGAAACCCACUGCAGGGACAGCAAACAACUCCAAGGAUGACUACGACAAGGUUCUGUCCAAUGUUAAAGAAACAGAUAAGACUUCCUCCUGUGUGAUCGAACUGAAAGCGGUUUGGUUUAACUUUGCUGCCCCACCUUGCGUGCCCAUUACCCGCAAGAUCGAUCUGACCCGACUGGAUUGGAAUCUGCUGAGCACUGCCUCGCCGGCUAUCACGGCAUGGAUGAAUCCCAGCAAUCGUCUGGCAAUGAAGAUCGUAUCCCUAAUGAAGGUUCUUCACACAAGGCAGACGGCAGUGGCUGCUUGUCUCAUGGCGGAGGCCAUGGAUAACGAGAAGAUCCAGAGAAAUCCGAAGAUCAAGAAGAGUCGAUAUGCCAAUAACUAUACGCUGCUCUCUAAGACGCUGCAGGAGGAUCCCAGUUGCCAACUGUGCUACAUUAUGCAGAAGUUGGUCCUGGACGAGGGUGUUCAGAGGAUUGAGCCGAUCUUUAAGCAACACGAUGUUCCACAUCUGAACACUUUACGACAGGGCAUCAUUGUGCUGAGUCGACAGUGGAAGAAUACUCUUUACAAUCCCAUUCUUUUCGAGCACCAGUACAAGAACAAGCUGGCCCGACCCAUUAACGUGACCUUUUCGUUCCCGCAGAAUGAGGAGGAGGCGGAAAACGAUGAGUGCGAAGGUGAUGUUGAAAUGGGCGCCUUUGCGGGCGUCGGCGAGAAUCCGGAAGAGAGUGAGAAUGCAUUAUUACUUGGGCAAACACAGCAUCAUCGAACUCACAUUGAAAACAAUCAGUACGGGGGCGCAUCAUAUGGUCAUGAAACCGGAAACCAUGGAACUGCCUCCCAGCGAUCGACUUCCACAUCGCCCAAUAUACACCACCCUCGGCGCGGCCUAAAUAAAAUGCACAGCAAAGCCUCGAAUUAUUCACAUGGCAAUUCAUCUCGUUCCAGCAUUCAGAUGCUGCCCAUUAUUUCAGGGCUGGUGGAAAAGCAGGUUCCUGAAUUCGAAUACGGUGCCUUGCAAGAGGGUUCCUUGAGCUCUACCAAUUCAGUGAAUAAGUUUUGGCUGGGAGCCGAGAAUCACAAAGAGGAUUUAUACUUUUGGAUGGCCAAGCAGCAGGAUAACAAGAAGAAGCACUUUGCCGAAAAAGAACACGCUCGCCCCGCUCCGCCGAAAAUGCAUGGACAUUCAGGACAAUCCCGCAGUGGCAUUAUGCAAGAUUCCAUCAAACUGCUGGAUGCCCAUCUGAUUUUUGAACCACUGCUCACUUGUUUGGGUGUGAUGCCCCAACAGAUGAUCAAUAAGUUCUCCAAUGCCGACAUCUCAUCGCUGGAAAACUUUGGCACCAAUCUGUCCCUGAUCGGAACUUUUGAUUCCAUUCGAGUGGACAUUGUGGUCAGCGAGGCGGGUGACAAAAAGAACUCAGCCCAGAAACCAGCCAAACUGAACAAAAAGUCAAAUGGUGGCAGGGCUUCCAUAAUGAUGGAUACUCCAUUGUUCUUAUGCGAGCGCGUUGGUGUGGAGUUGGAAGUUCUGAAAAUGUCUGAUGGCAUGGUGGAUCAGGCUCGACAAAAUGUCAUCUAUAUGUCGCGUCGCCAGCUGAAAAAGCACACAAGUACUGUGAUCAAUUUCAGCCUCAAUGUGAGAUUUAUCUCGCAGCAGGUUAAUAUGCCGCUGCUGAGGCUGCUUCACCAAAUCUGCAACAUGUAUCAGAAUGUUAAAGACGCCCAGAAUGAGUUCCACGACCAGCCUGAGCUAAGCAAAAAGAGCCAGACCAAAGAUGAGUGCAGUUUGGCAUCCGAGCCUACGGACAUCCUGCCUUUUAACUCGGUAUCAGAACGCUUCGGGCAUGGGGAGAAUUACUCAGAUGAACGAUAUGACAAAUUUAACGAAACAAUGCCAACCAUGCUGGCAAGACCGCGUCCUGGAGGUGUAGCCCCCAUCAUUCAACUGACGCCGUCUCCAAAUGCCAAGAACAGACCUCAAAGUUUCGCACAGAAGCUUCGAUCGACUGGGAAAUCAGUCAAAGGCAAGCUGGGCUACACGAAUCUGAACGAGUCCAGCUCGUCACCUCUAAGAGAUAGUCCUACCAUAUCCCUCCACGAACAGAACAUCCUCAAAAUGUCGACGGAGUCGAAGGCCUCGCUUAAUGGAGCCUGUGCCACCAGCGUCAGCGGAGAUUACCAGAACACUCUAACCAAGGCGGGAAUGCCAACGAUGGCUCCGAUGUUGGAUACACCCAACUGCUGGAAGACCAUUUACCACUUGUUAGAGUUGUACGGCACAAUGCCGGAAACCAAGACGGUGGUUCAAAGAAGCUCCAUGAACGAACACAAGAGCAAGCCCGCGGGCUUCGCUCACGACGAGGAUGACUUGGCCAGUGCUCCAACACCACUGCCUCAGCAUCGCGAAAUGCUGCUGGUGGAUACACCCUCCAAUGAGCGAACGCGUCUGAUUGUAUUUGGGGUGGCCAAGAUCCACAAAACUCGGCUGCUGGCCACACUUUCUGGUCUCAAGCUGGAGUCGGAGAUUACCACAUUGAAUAGCACAGCAACGUGGAGAAAGAAAGCUCGUCCUGUUUCCUUGGAGUGCUCUCUCACUGGCCAAGUGGGACGAGCCAUGAUUGUGCUGCUUGAAGGAGUGGCUCCCAGUCAACAGACCGUGGUAAAAGUGACCGUGGGUAAAAGCCAGACCCUGUAUUCGAGCCUUUCUAAGAGAGGAAAGGAUAAAAACAGUGGCCUUCUCUCAAUUGGGGCUGUUAAUAUAGACAUCCCGCAACAUCCGGUUGCUCUUCAUGGAAUGAUGACUCGGAGCUCCAAGCAAUUGUCGUCCACGCUGCAGGAGUUAAGAGUAAAGCGUAAUUCUGGUCGGUCCACGAUACGUUCGCAUACGGCCGAGGAGCCAGAGUCCCCGUUCCAUGCCCGCAACUCUGGAGGAGCAAGCAGCGGAACAGGGGUGGCCAGCGAAAUGCGGGAGCGCACUGUUUCCGGCGGAGCAGGAGCCCAACAGCAGCCGCAGCAGUCGGCUCGCCGGGCUGCCCACUUGGCGCAAUCGAGAACGGGGACGGCUCAGCACCAGAAUGGAUUGCUUCAGCCCCUUGUCAUGCAGUUCAAUGUGCUCCUGCAGAGUUUGUCCAUCAAUGCGGCUCUGCUUCCUUCGCUACAGGCCCAGUAUCGCAUGAACCACGUUAGCUCGAUGGGAGUGACCGGUCAGAGGGCCAAGUUUGUCAUUGAUCUGCCCACGCAUACGCUUAGCUUUAAUACCAAGAUUCAGAACGAGAUGAAUCUGCCAUCGGAAGCGUGUAUUGGCCUGCCGCCUGUUCAUGUUCUGGCGGAAUAUAUUCCAGACCAUCGACAGGAUCACACUGAAAAUGUGGAGGGCAUCGUCUUGCGCCAAGGUGGCUACGUGAAUGCCAGUGCCGAGAUCGGGGAGUUCGAGCGCUGCCUGACCACAGACCUCCUGAACCAUCUGGUCUUUGUGCAAAAGGUGUUUAUGCGAGAAAUCAACGAAGUGUUGCAGAAGGUUUACGGAGGCGAGAAACCCGUGCCCUUGUGGACAGAGGAGAGUGGCGAUAGUUCCGGAACAGUGCAGGAGUCCUCACUUAAACGAAUCCUAUUCUCCAUUAACAUUUCGAUGAAACGCAUCCAACUGACGGCCACCACACCCUGUUCUUCAGCAGUUCGUUUUGAAACCGGGAUCCUGGAGCUACAGCUCUCAAAUCGUGUAAAGAACUUAGGGGACCUGAGCAACCGAAAGCUUUUCUUCAAGGCCCACAUCGAUUUCAAUCUAUCGCUGGGCCAGAUCAUAAGAAACGUGAUCUUCGACGAGGCAGAGCCGGAGUUCCAACAGUACGCCUUCUUCCACACAACCAUUAACUUGAGAAAUGCCUUCCAAGACGAGCUGCUCAACGAGGAUAAGGAGUUGAUUCUGCUGACUCUUAAGAGACCGCUAGUCUACGUCCAGCCAAUUGCCGUGGACAAGGCCAUUCUCGUGUGGCUCAACUACAAAAAUGCCUAUGAGUACUGGGCGGAAAAGAGGGCAAAUCUUUGCAAUGAACACACACAGCACAGCCAGUUCGGCCAGUAUGCGGCACAACAUCAGAACCAAAAUCCGCAGGUGUUUGAUCGAGUUGCAUUUGGCCAGAUAGCAGGAUCCAACCUGUCCACGCUUUUCCUACAGCUCACUGUGGAGGACAUGGGCAUCUGCCUUCCCCUCAAACAGGUUAACACCACGACAUUUGGUUCCCGUUCAUAUCAGGACUUUGAUGCCAAGGGUGCUGUCGUGAUCACUCUGGAGAACACAAUCAUCUCGGCCUGCAACUCGGGUGCUUUGGUGUCAAAGGGCAAGUUUCAGGGUCUGUGCCUGCGUUUUGCCGAUGACUUUGAAACCAAUCUGGAUGACUGGAAACCCAAUGGUGCCGAGCCCAUCAUGAACGUGUGCGUGGUGUCGGAGGGAACCUUCGAGGUCUGUUCCCGCACCACAGCUGCUAAAAAGGGUGAGAACGCCAAGUGGUUGCUGAAUGUCAAAUGGCAAAUGGAGGGCGUAGACAUCCACCUGGAUGUGAAUAUUGGCAAGCAGUUGAGUUCCCUUGGACACACUCUCACCAUGCUCACGGGUUUCGAGGAGGACGAGACCCAAAUGGAAUCACCCGACAGCGAUGAAGGAGAUCAAAGCUGCAGAGAUACGUUUGUGCGAAGGAGAGGAGACUUCGACAACUUGCCAGCAUUUGUUUUUGAUCCCACAAUCGAUUCCAAGCAGCGUUCGUUUAUGAUGGAGAAGGAGAUGGCCGAGCAGCUAAAGAUCAUCAACGAUCUGCGCACUCUGGGUGCAUCCCAUAAUACAGUGGCCCAUGAAGAGAGACGACUUCAAGAACUCCAAGCCAUCUGCUACAAGUAUUUCCGCAGAGAUAUGAUCCAGAAGUGGAAGAGACCCUCGCUUAGAAGAUCUCUGAAGAACUACGGUCGUUCGCAUUCGUAUAUUGGAGCGGGAUCUUCGGUAACUGGUGUAGGUGUCCCCCAAACCUUGGACAAUGGAAGCUAUGCAGGCAGGAGACUGGACACAAUAGCCUCCAAUGAUGAGAUAUCUAGCUUGCAGAGCACACCGGCUUCCUGUCACUCCCGCAGUGCUUCCUUAAAACACACUGGAGGAGGAGGAGUAAUUGGAGGAGGCAUUAAUGCCCUUGGAAGAGUGACCUUUACUGAGGCCAUGCGCCAGACUUCACUACCCAAUGCGGACACGGAUACAGAGACGGCGGACAAUGAGCUCGAUUGGAGGGGUGACAUCACUCCUAGCGAAAUAGAUGUUGAUGGGACCUCCGUGGAGAUGCGACGCAAGCCUGGUCAUGGUCAAAAACAACCGGAACCGAACAUUGAUUUUGAACUGGACAUUAAGGUUCUGGUAAACUCUGGAAAAUGCGUGCUGCACACGAAGGAUACUGGCGAGGAGCGCGCUCAGGGGUACGCCGGUGGAUCAGCAGCUGCUGGCGGAGUUCCUGCUUCAAGUGUAAAAUCCCAUAAGCGAGAAAGAAGCAUAGGCAACGAUUGGGGCAGUCCAACUCCAUCAAGAAGACAAAGGGACAAGAGCAAGUUACGCUAUAAUGCCAACGCUUUGCUGGCCGAUCUUACCAUCUUCCACAUACCAGGCUUGGAUAUUAAGCUUCACUACCAAUCAAAAACGCUAGCAGAGCAAUUGACUGGUGACCAGGUGCCACAUGGUCGCCGUUUGGGCAGCAAGCGAGCUACUCUCUGCGCCUGGAUGACCCUGCAAAGUAUCCCUGAAGAAACUAUCAUAUCACCUCAUAUUCUGGAAUUUCUGGAGCAAACUCUGGAGCCCAUUCCCGCCCGACAAUCCAGUAGUGUUCCGCCAACGCCCUCUCAUAAUACAGCCGUUAAUCUGGACAUACUGCCUGCCAACUAUGUGACUUAUGCCUCUUUCCCCGUAGAUGUUAUAGUUUACUUCCACAUGCAACCCUCUACCUUCAGAUUCAGUUGCCUGCCGGUUUCUAGAGUUGAAUGUAUGCUGCAAUUGCCUAGUUUGGAUAUUGUAUUCAGUUCAAAGAGAAGCAGCGACGAAGAGAACUCAGCACAGCCAGGAAAUCAUGCCCAUCCUGACCAGCAGCUGCCCACUGGUGGACUGAGUGUCACCGGCUGUCUGGCCGACUUCAAUGUGUUCAUCUUCCAUCCGUAUGGUGGCAAAAAGACUUCCAAGGAGACACAGUUCUCACCCCUGAGCGAUAGUGAAAGGAAGGAUUCGUUGAGUAUCAACGUUGAGUUCGUCAAGUUCCACAUUACGCGCUGCAGAAAGGUCUACAUCGAACCUUUGCCCAGCUCUAAGAGAUCUCUCGAUCAGUCACGAGCCGUGAUACGAUUCUCCACCAUUGUGGAUAUUGGAAGUGCCAGUUUUAAGUACGACAUGAGGCGAUUGACGGAGAUCCUAGCCUUUCCCAAGGCUUGGUAUCGCAGAAGGAUUGUGAGACGUCUCUUCCUGGGCGAUCUCAGCGUGCAACAGCAACAACAGCAGCAGCAGCAGGGAAAUGGAGCAGAAACGCCAACUGGUUGUCCACCUGCUACUCCAACGCCCAGUGAAGAUGCCAAUAGGACUAAAGACAAAAUGCGUCUGGACUUCGAUGCUCAACCGACGCAACAGCAGCAACUGGGUCACUUUGGAGCUGUGAGAAAACUUAAGAACCUGGGCAAGUCCUCCAGCGCGGAAUCCUCAGGAACUCCACCAUCAGAAAAGAACCAAAUUACUGCCUGGGAAACUCUGGUCAUCUUUGCAGUUAACUUCACCAAACUAAAUGUCCAAAUGAACAUUGGCAAUGUGUGUGGCAAUGUUGUGUGGCUCACAAAAGACUUCCAAUCGGAUGGACGCCUCUCCAUCGGCAGCACCGGCUACAAGAACAUGUAUGCCGGAAUCUAUCUAGGAGGAUCAGCUCUAGAUGCCAAGGGUGGCAUAGUGGGUGGCAGUUUCGAGGUGAACAAGAUCAACAAACGAUUCCACAUCAAGGAGGAGGCGGGUAUGGAGCCCUACCACACCUUGGGACUGAGUUUUAUGGCUCUGGAAUUAAGACUAGACUACAUGGGAACUUCAGUGCUGAUGACGCGGAUAAGCAGCUUCUCUGCCGCCAUGAAGGAUGAGUGGCGCACUGCCUCGCAGGCGGCAGCGGCUCCGUCACAUGGCAAAGAUCAACCAAGAGCUCUGAUCUUUAUCCAUGGCGAUCUUAGCUGGGAUCAACUGCAGAUCAUGAUUAGCAAGUCCACAACAGCAGAUCUGCUGAAGAUGUACUUCAAACUGGAAGAGUUCUUUACGCAGCAGUUUAAGUCAUCCAAGAGGGUGUUCUCCAGUCUGGAACCACGCCUCCAAGAUCGCACUGCCAGUAUCAAGAGGCGUCAGCAGCUAAAGAAGAAGCCGGCAAAUGGAGAGCUUGUUGCCCCUGUUCAAAUUCACGGUUUGAUUGGGGAAAAUACAGACGCAAGGCACCAUCGCCAUUGGCAGAAGCCAUUGGCUCAGGCCGUGGGUCUGGUGGUGCCUUCACUGGUGACACGUCUGCCACGCCAUGGCAAUGUGCUAGGUGGCACCGUUGAGCUCCGGGGACAAAACAUCUCACUGGCCUGCUUCCACGGCAUUAACUUUAAGUCUAAGUCAUGGGCGCUGUUUAGCCUAAGAUCCCCCUCCAUCAACUUUGCCACGGAGGCGCGGCAGAGUGAGGAUGAAGUGCUGGUCACGCAGACACUCACCUCUUCGUUGGGUCAGACGACAGAGGUACAGCAGCAGCAGAACCACUCGAUGGCGAUCGUCAGUCGCAUCACCAGGAACAUCAUCUUUCCGCCACAGUUCAAGACUCUUAACGAGUGGUUCCACUACGCAUUCGCCAACAGCGAGAUUGAUGCUGUGGAUCGCUUUCCCAUGCUGGAGUGCGAACGGGAGAUCGCCUCCAAUUCUAUAGAGCGAACACGAGCCUCUGGCAGCAGCAGUGCGGCCAAGGCGCAGGAGCACAACCACAAUCGGGAGGUAAUCUUUGCCCUCCCCAGCCUCCAGCUACAUUUCAAGACUGAGCACAAACAGGGACCAACUACACCAGAGCCAAGUGAAAACAAGCCAGAAGUUUUGUGCAGCUUCAUCACCGAGUUCGAUGAUCACAUCUUUGUGACCGUUGAUGCAGACGCCUUCUUUUUCCUGCACGAUCUCAUCACCUCCUAUGUGACUGAAAAGGAGAAGGUGAUUGGAGCUCAGUCAGCGAGGGCAGCUUCGCCGAAUCUCUCGCAAAAGGCCAACCUGAAGCCAUAUCUGACCGACGAGAUACUCAAAGAGAGGAAGGGCGCCUCCAAUACGAACCUGACUGCCCAGGGCAAGCAAAUGAGCGCCAGCAAGAGCAGUCUAGAUCCGAUGCAGGGCAGCCACUCGAGUCUAGCGAAUGCUCCGGCCAACGUGUCGGGAGCAACGACAACGAACUUGACGACGACGACGAACACAACAUCAUCCUCAACCUUAUCACCCGAAGCGACAACUGGUGGGCCAUCAAACGACGCAGCCGAUGGCAAGCAGCCGCAACAGGAGAGCUCCCCGCCCAGCUUUGAUCUCGAAUCGUUUGUGCGCGACUGGCGGCACUUUGAAUGCCAGACCUGGCAUUUGGAGCCCACAGUGCGCCUACUCUCUUGGGCGGGCAAGUCUAUCGAGCCAUACGGCGUGGACUACAUCCUUAAUAAACUGGGCUUCAGCCACGCUCGCACUACCAUACCCAAGUGGCUGCAGCGCGGCUUUAUGGAUCCGCUGGACAAGGUGCAGGCCCUGAUGAUGCUGCAACUACUGCUGAUGGUGCGCGAGAACAAAGUGGAGCGGGAUGGUGGAGCCAGUGGAAGUGGCAAGCAGCAACAGCAGAACCAUCGACCACCAACAAAUUAGCCAUGGCAGAGAAACAUCUAUGACAAUUGACAAUUUAUCCAAAGUCGUUCGGUUUAGUUUAAGUAGCGAUGUAUAGAUUUUUCACCGUGUAAAGUUUUUAUUAUUUAUUACCCUGGUUGACCUAUCAUGCUUUAAAGUCGAAACUCGCGGUAUUAUUUGGCCAAUAGGGCAGCUUCUGAUAUAAUGUAAAUGGUUUGCUCUCGUUCCCAUACUUUUUAAGCAUAUAUGUAUUCUCUUUUUAUAGGUGUAAAGUCAAGUGCUUCGUGUAAUUUGCUCAAUUUUGGCGCUUUGUAACUAUCAUUACAUGGUUUUGUUAUUCUAGGAUUUACUAUGCAACAAUGAGCAAAGCAAUUGUGUUUAAACUAUAAGUAGCUCUAAUUGAAUAUACAUGAUUAUACCUAUACAAAAAAAAAACGUGUAAGUCUAUCAAUAAGUAAAGUGAAUAAACUUUCGGAAAUGCGUACCAAAAAA